GAUGAUUGCAAGGGAUUGCCACUGCACUUGUUAUCUGGCAGAAUCCCACCUCGGUCUCCGAAGCUGCGGAUUUCUGUUGUUUUUUUAAUUUUAACUUGAUUCUUUCUCCGGUUGUUGUAGCACAAACUCCGUCACCCUGAAGUAUCUAACCAUCCUGCUAGGGGCAGGGAUGCUUGCAUUUCUGGGUGCAGUGAUCUGCAUCAUUGCAAGCAUCGCCCCGGGUUCUCCGGGAGCUGUCCCUGGUGCUGAAAAUGAAGCCGGAGCGUUGCUGGCAACCCAGGGCGGUACCGGAGCUGUCCACGGUGCUGACACAGGUAGAGCCGGCAUUCCCGCACCUACCCCAAGCCAAGCCACUGCCAUUGAUCCUGGCGUUGGCAAAGCCUCUGUGAGCUCUGGGCUUGGAUAUGGCUCGGAUUCACUCAUUGGCACUGCCAGCCGCUUCCUCUGCCUGCCUUUGGCUCAGGAUUGUCCUUCCCCGUCGAUCCGAGAGGAUCUGCUACUGCUGAGGAGUACGGCGGACCAUCUGCGGCAGAUGGUCACCCAGCAGGAGAAGCAGAUCGCCAGCGACCAACAAACCAUCAGGGAACUGACCGGAAAACUCAACCAGUGUGAGAAUGGCCAGGAACUGAGCUUCUUUCAAAAUAAUCCCGAGGAAUACGCGUGGGACCUUGGGAAAAACAGCUUGGAAGAUGGGACUGAGGAAGCUGACCGGGCAGUGUUAGAUCUAGAGCAGACCAUCCACUCCCUGAAAGACACCAUUGAAAAUCUGGAGGGGGAGUUGCUGUCUCGGGGCAAUGCCUCCUCAACAAUGGUCUCUGGCGGGCCACAGGGCCACUUCUAUCUGAAGAUCCAGGAGCUGGAAGGCCAACUGCUUUCAAAACUCUCUGAACUUGAGAAAGAGCGUUCCUUUCUGCAGAACAAGAGUGACCGGCAGAGACAUCGACUGGAGGAACAGCUCCAAGCUCUUCACCAGCGCAUCGACAAUCUGGAGAAAGAAACUGCUACCUAUAAAUUGCAGGAAAGUUAUAAAAUCUCAUUGCCGGCGCGGACAAACUAUAUGUUCGCUCGGAUGAAGAGGAGCCUGCCAGAACUGUAUACCCUGACCAUCUGUGUGUGGCUGAAGUCUAAGGCCACUGUGGGGAUCGGAACCCCUUUCUCCUAUGCCGUCCCCGGACAAGCGAAUGAGAUCGUCUUACUUGAGUGGGGGAAGAAACCCAUUGAACUGCUGAUCAAUGACAAAGUGGCUCGGUUGCCAUUGAAGCUUAAUGAUGGAGAAUGGCAUCAUGUGUGCAUCACCUGGACGACCAGGGAUGGCGAGUGGGAGGCUUACCAGGAUGGUACAAGGCGGGGAUCAGGAGAUAACCUGGCACCUUGGCACCCGAUCAAACCAGGAGGGACUCUGGUCCUUGGGCAGGAGCAGGAUACAGCUGGGGGAAGAUAUGACGCGGCGCAAGCUUUUGUCGGGGAGCUGGCAGAGUUCAACGUCUGGGACCGGAUUCUGACAGCGGCCGAGAUCCAGAGCAUCGUCAACUGCUCCUCCGCUCCAGUGGGCAACGUCCUGUCAUGGGAGGGCAGUGGGCUCGAUCUGUUCGGGGGGGCAACAAAGUGGCCUUUCCAGAGGUGCAGCCAAAGUACUGUCUCCAGGGAGGACUAAUCCUUCGUCGCUUGGCUCUGCCUGCCCUUUACUGGGCUGGAUACGGCCAAGCCAGCUUCUGCACUCUUCACUAUGUCUCCAGUGUGGUUGGGGUGCCUCCAGGGGUGUGUGACCUACAAUGAGCGCAGGUGAAUGAGAGUCAGAUUUCUCCAAGGCCAACACUCCCACUGGAAGCCUCGCUCACCAGUCCAGACCUGCCCGUUAUCUGACCGCGGUUCCCAUUACCUGUUCCCAGCAGAUGAGGCAAUCGCUUGGAGUGUUGGAUUGGAAAAUGUACCCCUGCAGGCACUGGCCACGUACCAUGUACCAUUCCAGUGUACAUAGCUGUUCAUAUGUGGACCAAUGUGCUUGGGCAAAGGGGCAGGGGUCACGAGGCUUUCUCUGGUCGAUGUGUGGUUAUGUGUCCAGUGAGGCUGUAAAUAUGUUCGUUCUGAUAUUUAUGAUAUUUGAAUGAAUCUUUCUGUUUGUGUUUCUGACGUCACUAACUCACAGAGCCCAGAUCAAUAUUCUCACUGCUUCCCGUUCAACAGGAAGGUAUUUGUAAUCUCCAGGGGCUUGCUUUCUGCUUUUUGCCCUUCUGAGGUGCACAAGGUCCUCGAGCGUCAGAUUGACACCUGGGUCUCUGAUUGACCCUCCGUUCUCUAAUUAACCCACAUUUCUCCAAUGAUCCCUCAUCUAGGCCUCACUUAACCCUGGAGUUGAAUCUCUAUGCCUCGAAGGAUCGUCAAGUCCCCAAUGAUUCCCUCACUUGGGUCGCAGUCCUCUGAUCUCCAGUUGUCCCUUAACCUUGACCAGUUGACAAUUGAUUCUUCGAUUGCCUGUCCCAGUGAGUGCUUAAGCAGAAGGUUUCAUCCUGUGCUAACCAGUUAGAUGUCCAAAGGUAUAAAAUCUUGUAAAAUUAACCAAUUCUCUUUGGUUUGUACCUUUAAUUUUUCAGUGGGGUAUUGUGAUAGUUUUUAAAGCGGAAUUUGAUGUUAAAUGCAAGUUGUUUGGAACAUUAGAGAACAACAUUGCAGCCUAACCCCAUAACAUUGGCUCCAAGGGCAGCCCAGGUAUCAUAGAAACCUCUCAGGCAACAACCCAGUACUGAGACUAUCAACACAGAACCAGGGUGGUCACUAUCAGAGGAAAUAUAACUGGCUUCUUUCCAUCUGAAUUUUAAUUAACAUUUAUUAAUCUCAGUAUUGUCAAAGCUAAGUGGUUGCAAGUUUCUUGGAUAAAUUUGAUGUGAAAGAGUGCAGGUAUGGCAGAGACAUUUGCAGUCAGUUGCUCUGGCCCCAUGGAUAUUGUUCAACUAACUCUGACCAGCCUAGGCAAGGGUUUAUACAGAGAUGUAAACACCAGGCAGAUGGUCCCUCCACCAGGCUGAGGUGUAAAUGCACACCCACAUUGCUCAGAGCUACACCUGGGAUUAAGUAUUGUCCAUGCACAACCCUCAGUAUAAACUUUGGGACGUCAGCACCAACGUUGGUGCUGUCAAUAGAUGCAUACAAUGGACGGUCACCAAGUCUGGAUCACCUCAGGAAGGGUUUAUAUCACCUCCUGCAUCCUUAUUUGGCCGUCACUUUCUCCAGUAUGGACAUGAUGUCCAUAUGGCCUCUUUCUGUGCCAUAAACCCCAUCCCACCCAAUUUUUUUAACCAGCGCCACCUUCCCUUCAUCACCAACCUUUAGUAACUAAUCAACAGUAGAGUUUUCAAAGACAUGCUAUUUUUAUUGACUUUCCCUCUGAUUGUUCUCCUUGAUUGUUCUGUAACCAUUAGUGCCCGGGAACUUAGCCUUCAAUUCAUGGAGAUUCCAGGGGCAAUUUAGAAGAACGGACAGACCUCAGAGUGUUGCUACUCUAAUUUAUAAGAGGUGGGCCAAUGAGGCUUGCCUCAUAAUGGUGAAGUGACCAUCUGUUUACAAAUGUCACUGGGAACACUUACUAAAUGAUAUUUUAGUUUCUUCUUUCAUGUACAUGAACAUUGAAUUUUGACAUGUGUCCAUAGCAUGUGUUAACCUGUUAGUUGUUAAAUGUGACCUGAUGACUAUAAAGGAUACUAAGUCUAUCCUCUGCUCCAUGUGUGAGUAACGCUUCAGUUGUCUGUUUCCUUCAAUGGCUGAAUAUUGAUGGUCUGUCAAUCUCUUUCUAAAUGAUGACUAGUUAAUAUCUUUCGAUACCGUGUGGUAUUUGUGGUGCUUUAAUACAGAUUCUGUUACAUCGGAACCAUUAAACGGGCUACAGUUACACAA